GAUAGCGUGACAGUGUGAGAUCGAGCUGAAAAAAAAAGAGAGGCCACGAAGAGAGCUCAGCUGCUGCCUCUAGCUUACUUGGUGAUAAGGAGGAGGAGGAGGAGGAGGGCACCGACAUGGCCGCAGCCACGGCGUACACCGUGGCGCUCCUCGGCGCCACCGGCGCGCGCGUCCCCGCCGCUCCACGCUCCGCCGCGCUUCUGCCGCGCCGCGGCGGCGUGCUCCAACCGCUGCGCCUCCAGGACGCGCCGCGACUGUCCCUGCUCCGCGUCAGGGCCGCCUCCGACGACACCUCCACCUCGGCCAGCGGCGACGAGCUCGUCGCCGACCUCAAGGCAAAGUGGGAGGCGAUCGAGGACAAGCCGACGUUCCUCCUCUACAGCGGCGGCGCCGUCGUCGCCCUCUGGCUCACCACCGUCGUCGUCGGCGCCAUCAACUCCGUGCCGCUGCUCCCCAAGAUCCUGGAGCUCGUCGGCCUCGGCUACACCGGCUGGUUCGUCUACCGCUACCUCCUCUUCAAGGAGAGCAGGAAAGAGUUGGCGACCGACAUCGAGACCUUGAAGAAGAAGAUCGCUGGAACGGAGUAAUUAAGCAGCUGCAUUUGUCCGGGGAAGUUUUGGGGGGUGACUCUCUAGAGUGCUUGCUGCUGCUUCCUCUGUGUGAUGUUUGUAUAUCUCUACGAGAAUAUGUUCUGCUCCCAUGUGCAGUAACAGCGUAGUGCAAAAACUGUAUCAAACCUACUAUCAGUUGUUUCUUCGAAAUUCAAAACAAUUUCUUCGCUUUCUUGUUGCGUGGAAGUGUUCAUAUAA